UAACCUCUUUGCUGCAUGUUGUGGAGCUCAGCUCACAGACGGACAAUGACAAAUAGCUCACACUGAUUGAAUCAAGUGCCAGGUCAGGUGCAAGCUCUGUGUGUUUCUGUUGAUAAUCACACAUUUAACAAAUGGGAGUCAAAGAAGAGUCUUGCUGACUAGGAGCAGGAUUUCCAUGUCAGUGUGAGAGGGAGAGGAGUGUGUGGUCACUGAGCAGCUGGGGAGAGCAUGCCAGCCAUCCUGGUGGCCACAAAGAUGAAGUCAGGACUCCCCAAACCCAAACCAGUGCACAGUGCUUUACCCAUUCCCCAGACUCCCACCAGGCCGUCAGCUCUAGCUCUGCCUCCUGCUCCCGUCAAGUCCCACAUAUCUUCCCUGGGCCAGCCGUUGAACUCAGGAGGACACACAAGAAGCAAGGCUCAAGGGUCAGAGGCUGGAGGCAACACCCAGAUCUACACAGACUGGGCCAACCAUUACCUUGCCAAGUCAGGACACAAGCGUCUGAUUAAGGACCUGCAAACGGAUGUUACAGACGGAGUACUGCUGGCUGAGAUUAUACAGGUCGUAGCCAAUGAGAAGAUUGGUGAGAUCAAUUGCUGCCCCAAGAGCCGUACUCAGAUGAUUGAGAACAUUGAUGCCUGCCUCAGUUUCCUGGCAGCCAAAGGAGUCAACAUCCAGGGCCUGUGUGCAGAGGAGAUUCGAAAUGGUAAUCUGAAAGCCAUCCUCGGCCUCUUCUUCAGCUUGUCCCGCUACAAGCAGCAGCAGCAGGCUCAGCGGCAGCCCUCUUUCCCACCCAAUGCCCAGUCCCAGAGCACACAUCCUCCCCUAAGCCAGCAGAGCAGUGCCCCAGCUCAGCUUAGCCACUCUCCGCAUGGGACUCCUGCCCUUACAGCCCAGAAACCUGUGCAGGGCGAGAUGCAGUCCAGGGAUGGAUCUCAGAGUAAACUACUCAAGUUUUCCCUUGGUCAGAAAAAAUCCUCUAGACUUCCUGGCCCCACUUCGAGGGUGUCCACUGCUGGCAGUGACAUCCCUCCAAGAGGCUCGGUCAGUGCCGCUGGUAACAGACGCAGCCAGGGCUUCAGUGACAAGACCAAAGCCAACUCACACCUGAACAAAGAUUCCUCAGAGGAUAUGACCACACAGCCUUCAGUGAUGACUGAGCAUGCUCUGUCGUCUGCGGUGACUGUCUACUCAUCCGCCAGCAUCCCCACUGCUACCUCCACCCUAAUUCCUCCGAUAUCCUCCUCCUCAUCCACAGCCAUUCCCCAGCCAAAUAGCAACAGCAAGCCAUGGAGGAGCAAGUCAAUGAGCUCCAAGCACACCUCGACUCCUCACUCCUCCACCAGCACCUCCACAUCUGCCCUACAGACCAUCAAGCAGGAGAAAGAUACUUUCUGUAAAGCUGCAGGAGUAACUGAAGCUCCUCCCAAGGUUGUCACGCAGAAGUCAAUGCUGGAGAAGCUUAAGCUCUUCAACAGUAAAGGUGGCUCCAAAUCUUCCACCUCCUCAAAUGGAGUUGGUGCCCAGACUGACAACACUGCCCCAGCUAGGCUGCUUGGAGCAGGGCAGGUGGACAGAGUGGAGACUGCCUCCAACACUGAGUCAUUGGAAGAGGUCGAUGGUAAUGUCAGGCCAGCAAUGAAUGGAACCAGCAAUGUUUUAGCAUCUGGAGCAACUCCCACAGCAGGUACCACUGUCUCCAUAACUGCCAGCAGCCCCAAAAUUGCCCUGAGGGGCAUUGCCCAGCGCACUUUUAGCAGAGCUUUAACUGCUAAGAAGGGCUCUGUAAAAGGCCCAGAGAAAGACAAGGACAAGGGCAAAGAGAAGGAAAGAGGGAAAGAGGUGGGAAAACGCAUCUCAGUCCCCGACAGGACAGAGCUCAGGGGAGAUGACACGAAGGAGGAAGUAACACCUGUUGCUGUAGAUGCCGAGAGCUUGAACAAAAGGGCAUCUAAAAUUGCCAGUUUCAUUCCCAAGGGGGGUAAAGUGGUUAAAAAGGAGAAUUCCACACCUGCACUGAGUGGAAUACCAAAGCCAGGAGGCAAAGCCCCAGGAGUUGGGGGUAAGGCUUCCUCAGUGAAGGAGUCAGGGGAGAGGCCUCGGAGCAUGCGGUUAGGAGGGGGCCUCGCCAUGCACCGCGGACCUCUGGACAGAGACAGGGACAGCAGACACUCUAGCUCUACCUCCAGCCUGGCCUCCACAGAGGGCAAGACCAGCACUACCCCAGCAGGAGGCGGCACCACACAGAGCACAGCCAGUAACACAGUCAGUGUGCAGCUACCUCAGACUCAACAGCACCACAGCCACCCCAACAUGGCCACCGUCGCACCUUUCAUGUACAGAUCCCAAACAGAAGGGGAGGGAAGCGCGAACACUGAGUCCGGCUCAGGAGGAAGAGGUGGAGACGUUUCCUUUACCAAGACCAGCCAGCCCUCCAUCGAGGACCUUUCAGGUGGGGGUGUUAACUCAGGUGAAGACCCAGAGACGAGGCGGUUACGAACUGUCAAAAACAUAGCAGACCUGCGGCAAAACCUGGAAGAGACCAUGUCCAGCCUGCGAGGAACUCAGGUCACACACAGCACCUUGGAAACCACCUUUGACGGCAGCGUCACCACAGACAUCAGCAGUGGUGGCAGUAGUGGUAAUGGCAGCAACAACAGCAGUGGGGGUCGGAGCAUCCUCAGUCUCACUUCUUCCCGACCCUCCUUGUCUUCAUGGCGACUGGGCCAGUCCAGCCCUCGUAUGCAGGCAGGCGACGCCCCCUCGAUGGGGAACGGCUACGGUGGACGGGUGGUUGGCAGCCAGGGAGGACGGUACCUGUACCCCGGGCACCUUCGGCGGCAGCUGGCCGGCAGAGGAGGGGCACUUUGUAGCAUGGACAUUGGAGACAGAGCUGGGGAGGACAUUGACCUUGAAGGAAUCGCCAUGGAGGUCACUGGAUACAUGAGCGAUGGAGACGUGUUGAGCAAGAAUGCUGCUCGCACUGAUGAUGUCCCCAGUGGGUACAUGACGGACGGAGGUUUGGGUCUGUAUACACGUCGUCUGAACCGCCUGCCUGACAGCAUGGCUGCUGUUCGAGAGACACUCCACCGAAACACAUCGUCUGGACAGGGGGAUGCUGACAGCUGGGAUGACAGCAGCUCUGUGAGCAGUGGCAUCAGCGACAACAUUGACACAGAUGACAUCAAUACCAGCUCCUCCAUCUCCUCCUACACCAACACGCCCGCAGCACAGCGCAAGGGCCUCAACACACAGCCUGUGACAGAUGCGGAGAAGCACUCGGCCUCCACGGCGUUGCACCAGGCGUGGUCAGGAGACGAGGUGAAAAGGCCAGACUGCGGGUCAGACAGUGGGGUUAAGAUGGAGCCGGGCUCCAAGUGGAGCCACCGGAACCCCUCUGACAUCUCUGAUGAGUCUGACAAGGGCGGCUCAGGGAGGAAGACCCCCUCUGUGUCUCACACAGGAUCCUGGAGAAGAGGCAUGAGCACACAAGUGGGGGUGACAUCUCCACGCACUAAAAGCACCAGCAGCACAGGCUCAACAAGCUCCAUCAACCUCAAAACCCACAGCUCAGGUAAAACAGAUGAUGUCAAGGUGUCAGAAAAAGGACGCGUUUCUCCUCGACCUAACUGCCUUCACCGCUCGCCCUCAGACGCCGGGCGCAGCAGUGGCGAUGAGACAAAAAAACAUUCAGCCUCUAACAGCCGCACAUCUACAACAAACGCCCUCACACACACUGUCUCUGACCCCCACACUCACACACACACACUCACCUCCCGUACCCCGACUAGCACUUUUGGUUUCAAGAAGCAGGGCACUGGAAUGGUUACCAUGGUUACGGCCAGCGGCGCCACCAUCACUAGUGGUUCAGCCACCUUGGGGAAGAUGCCCAAAUCUGCAACCCGCUCACUGGCAGGAGGCCUAAAAGCUGGCGGGCUGGACGGAGGGUCAGUACUGGGUCACCAUGAUGACAGCUUCCUUCCCAUGAGCGCUCGCUCCACUCUGCAGUACCGCAGCCUGCCGAGGCCGAGCCGCUCAGGAGCUGCUGCGCGCAAUGGAAACCGCUCUUCCACCAGCAGCAUCGAGGCUGCCGUACUCUCCAUCACGCCACACAGUAAAAACUCAAUAAGCUUCGCCAAGGCCAACAUCGCAGGAGGACUGUUGGCCAAUCAGACAGAUCGUGAGAAAGGCGUCUCUGAGAUUGACAACCUGAGGAGUGGAGUCACGAUGCAGAGUGGAGGAGCAGCGACUGGUCCUCUGACAGGAAGACAGCAGGUCUCUUCACCUACAUUACGCAGGUUGUUUGGUGGGAAGACCAGUAAACAGGCUCCAGUCACCACAGCUGAAAACAUGAAGAACUCCACUGUUAUCUCCAACCCUCAUGCUACCAUGAACCAUGUGGCCACAGUGUCUGAGUCCCCUGAUGGAGGACUGUGUGGCGGGGACAGUGAGACCAGCAGCCCCCUGUUUGGAGGAAGAGCACUGGGAUCAGGGACCGGGACUCUGGGCAGCGAGCAGGCCUCCAGUCCUGGCUCAGUUUACUCCUCUACUGGCCCCUCAAACAGCCUGACAUGGGGCACCACCUUCAGCGGCUCCUCUGCCCAGAGCAGGGAGGGAACGCUGGGUGGGCAUGGUGGGACUGGCAGCAUGGGCUACCCGUCAGUCAGCAGCAUGCAUACCAGCAGCGAGUCCAUCGACAUGAGCCUUGGCAGUGCUGGAGGAGGCGGCGGCCAUGGGACCCACAGGGAGGACACGCUGUCCGCACUGGGCCACACCAGCAGCGUCAAGACUGGCAUGUCUGAGAGUCCCCUGUCCUCCCCCUCCGCUAGCCCUAUAUUCAGCCGAAACACGCUACCUCGGAAGCAGGACAGCGGGCCAAAUUGUGGCAGAAACACUCUGCCUAAGAAGGGACUCAGGUACGGCCCAUCCCCACAGCUGAGAGGCCAGGAGGAAGCCCGCGAUUGGCUGCGUUCCCACUCCACCAGUGGGCUGCAGGACUCAGCCAGUAACUCUCCGUUCUCUCCAGGCUCAAGCCUCACCUCCCCCACAGGCACUCGCUUCACCUUCGGACAGCUCGCAUCCAGCCCGACCUCAGCAACUCAGAUCAACCUUGCUGGUCUGCGGAACAACAGUCUGACCAAUCAGGACGUUGCUUUUGACCCUUGCAGCGACAAUCGGCUGAGAAACUCUUGCAUGUCGCUUGAUGACAAAACUCGCACCAUGAGUCGAUCGGGUUCUUUCCGGGAUGGCUUUGAGGAAGUUCACGGAUCAUCGCUGUCUCUGGUCUCCAGCACCUCCUCCAUUUACUCCACGAAUGAAGAGAAGUCUCAGUCAGAGAUCCGCAAGCUGCGCCGGGAGCUGGAUGCCUCACAGGAAAAGGUUUCCGCCCUGACGACACAACUGAGUGCCAACGCACACCUGGUGGCAGCAUUUGAACAGAGUCUGGGCAACAUGACUAUUAGACUGAAGAAUCUCACCCUCACAGCAGAGCAGAAGGACUCUGAGCUGAAUGAGUUGAGGAAGACCAUUGAGCUGCUGAAGAAGCAGAAUGCUGUUGCUCAGGCUGCCAUCAAUGGAGUCAUCAACACACCUGAACUCACACCUAAAGGGGACAGGACAGCUGGAACCAAUGGCAGUUCACAACAACAGCAACAGCAGCAACAACAACAACAACAGCAGCAACAACAGCAGCAGCAGCAGCAGCAGCCAGACCUGCGUAUCAGGAGGCAGCACUCCUCAGACAGUGUCAGCAGCAUCGCCAGUGCAACCAGUCAUUCAAGUGUAGGCUCCAACAUGGACACUGACGCAAAGAACAAGAAGAAGAACAAGAAGAACUGGGCAUCUUUUACUGGAGAAAAGGCAUUCUUGUGCACCGGAGGACAAGUCAGAGAUGAUGACGUCUAUGAGCUGCGGAGCUCCUUCAAACAAGCGUUCGGUAAGAAGAAAUCUCCAAAGUCAGCUUCUUCUCAUUCCGACAUCGAGGAGAUGACUGACUCUUCUCUGCCGUCCUCCCCCAAGCUGCCCCAUAAUGGCACCACAGCCACCAGCCAUAUGCUCAGGAACACACACUCCAACACACUAUUAUCAGACUGUCUGGACGGGGAGGCAGAGACAGUGAUGCAGCUGCGUAGUGAGCUCAGGGAGAAGGAGAUGAAGCUGACUGAUAUCCGCCUGGAAGCACUCAGCUCUGCCCAUCAGCUGGAUCAGCUCCGGGAGGCCAUGAACCGCAUGCAGCUCGAGAUCGAGAAACUGAAGACAGAGAAUGACCGUCUGAAGCUGGAGAACCAGGGCAGCAGGACGGGCUCCCAGGUCUCCAUCUCAUCUUCACCUCCCCCUCACACAAACAGCCAGACCCCCGGGCCUGGCCUGUCUCAGCACAGCCUCAACCUCACCACUAGUGAGUCCACCAGCCUAGACAUGCUGCUUGAUGACACUGGUGGAGAGGGAGGGAUGCGAAGGGAGGGGAGACAUGUCAAGGUCGUCGUCAGCUUGGAUGAGAACAGCAAAUGGGGAGAGGAGGGCCGGCCUCGCCAUUUUUUGAUUGGUUGCAUUGGCGUGAGCGGUAAAACCAAGUGGGAUGUUCUGGAUGGAGUGGUCCGACGUCUUUUCAAGGAAUAUAUUACUCACGUGGACCCAGUGAGUCAGCUGGGCCUGAGCUCUGACAGUGUGGAGGGAUACAACAUUGGAGAAAUCCACCGGUCCAGCAACCUCAGCGCUGCACAGACACCCGAGCUGCUGCCCUGUGGCUACCUGGUGGGAGACAGCAACACCAUCAGCAUCCAGCUUAAAGGUGUGACCAGUGAAAACGUGGACUCGCUGGUGUUUGACACUCUGAUCCCGAAGCCGAUGCUGCAGCGUUACGUCUCCCUGCUGAAGGAGCACAGGCGAGUCAUCCUGUCAGGCCCCACUGGCACCGGAAAGACUUACCUGGCCAAUCAGCUGUCUCGACACCUGCUGUUGCUGGAGGGCCGACCUUUGACUCCACACGCUGUUGUCACAUUUAACGUGGAUCACAAGUCCAGCAAAGAGCUGCGUCAGUACCUGUCGGGUUUGGCUGAGCAGUGUAGUGGCAUGCUGGGGGUGGAGAGCCCUCUUGUGGUCAUUCUGGACAACUUGCAUCAUGUCAGCUCCCUGGGAGAGAUUUUCAAUGGCCUCUUCAACUGCAACUCCCAGCACAGUCCCUAUAUCAUCGGCACCAUGAGCCAAGCUACAUCAUCUGCCCCCAACCUGCAGCUUCACCACAACUUCAGGUGGGUGCUGUGUGCCAACCACAUGGAGCCAGUGAAAGGCUUCCUUGGUCGCUACCUGAGGAGGAAGUUGAUCGAGACGGAGAUCGGCAGUCGAACGCGCAACAUAGAGCUGGUGAAGAUCAUCGACUGGAUCCCCCGAGUUUGGCACCACCUGAACCGCUUCCUGGAGACACACAGCUCCUCUGAUGUCACUAUUGGACCUCGUCUUUUUCUGUCAUGUCCCAUGGAUGUGGAGGGGUCCAGGGUUUGGUUCACUGACCUCUGGAAUUACUCCAUCAUUCCUUACAUGCUGGAGGCUGUACGAGAAGGACUGCAGCUGUAUGGUCGCAGGGCUGCGUGGGAAGAUCCAGCUGCCUGGGUGAUUGACACUUACCCAUGGUCAGCCACGCCCGCUCCUGCUGAUUGGCCACCACUGUUGCAGCUCCGCCCAGAGGAUGUGGGAUUUGAUGGCUACUCUGCACCGAGAGAAGGAGUCAGGAAAGAGCCUACACAGAGCGACAGCGAUGCAGACCCACUGAUGAACAUGCUGAUGCGACUGAAGGAGGCAGCAACAUCGUCAAGCCCUCAGAGCUAUGACAGUGACUCCAACAGCAACAGUCAUCAAGACGACAUCCUGGACUCGUCGCUGGAGUCAACCUUGUGAUGCCGUUAAAACACAACGCUGGGAUCCAUUUUCUGGAGAAGAUAAAUGUUCUGACUGAGAACUUCUUGAUGAAAGCAAACGUUCAUGCCACAAAAUCCAGCCACCUUAAUUUGGGUGCAGGAAACCCAAAUACUUAACAGAAUAAAUAUAAAAUAGCAUUUCACAAAAAUAGGCAAACAAACAUUUCUACUGCACUGCGCUGUUUUUUUAUUUUAUUUUCACCUCGGUGGCCCAGGGCUCCUCUCAAGAGCCUGACAUCUUCAGACAGACAGAAAAAAAAGCACACAGCCCUUCACUGUAGGAGAGGCUUUAUCAUUACCCUCAUCAUUUUCACCAUCAGCAUUUUCAAACACCAGGAAUCUAUCCUUUGCUGAUCAUCACCUCCAGCUCAACAGACUGAGAUACUCCUUGUCCUGCUCAGCUGCAGUUCCUCUACUGCCUGAAGAUGGCGAUACAGUCAGUUAUCUCUGGAGCAUCAGUGAGGCUUCUGGAGGGAUGGACGAUCAACAUUCAAGCUUAUUUCUAGUUCUUCUCCUCUACAGCACAAGUUGCUUGUGUGACUACUGAAUAGAUUGAGCCAAAGUGAAUAAUAAGUCCCACACAAUGCUUACUCUCAUUUGCAUAAAUUACUCAAAGUUUGAAACACAGUAAUGGUUUAGUAAAGAUGUGUCCACGAAAUAUAAUUACGAGAGCACAAAUAAAAAGGUUUUUACUAGAUACAUGCAAACCUAACUUUUUAAUGAAAAUUUAACACCCAUAGUGAAAAGGAACCAGAAAUGUGUCAAUAUACAAAAACCCACAAUAUUAACUUUGUCCCAAAGAACGAUGCAAAUUCUGUAGCAAAAUGUUUGGGGAAUGAAGACAAGCUUUGGUCAGUUUAAUGUGAAAUCUCCCCACAGUCCUGCAGAAGCAUUUUCUUUUACAGUCCACAUUAUAUGGCACAUUCCAUCCAGGUCCCCAGUGAUGGUUACAUCCCGCCUCAUAGCAGAGAAACCAUUGUUCUACCAAAAGUAGGAGUCUCUGGGAUCAGUUUUAUUUGUCAAAAAAUUCAAGCUUACUGGAAGUAAAAGGCUUUUUCUUCUGCUGUACAGCAUCUGUGCUCAAUUUUAAAAAGCAAUGCAAGAGCAGAAAAAUGAAUGUACAAAAUCCCUAGAAAAUACUUCGAUCUCACAGAAACAAAGACUUUGCAGAGGAAGGACAUUGACACUUUGGCUUGAUUUGUCCUCGUAACAUAAACAGUAUUUGAGAUCAUGUAUUUUUGUUUCAUAACUUUCUGUGCAAUUUUACAAACAAUGCCUCCAACGCUUGUGUUUUUGCUUUAACCCUGUAUGUAUUGAGAUCUCCAUGCACAUGUGGCCCAACAGGCUGUUGUAGCACAAAUGUCUUUUGGUGCUGGACUGAAUUCUAACAAAACAAUGCCUUACUAUUUUCUAACAGACUUUGUGCAUUAACAGAGACUUUUUUUAUGUCUAAAUAGCUGUAGAUUUAACAGGGCUCCAAGUCGACUCUCUCUUUGAGCACCUCGAGGAGCAGUGUUGACCUCUUAUAUCAAACACCAAUGCUGUGGGAUUGAGGAUACAUGAAUGAGAAGCAGUAAUCUGGGUUUCAAAGUUAAUUGUAUGCAUGUGGGACCCAGUUGAUGAGAAGCUGAUGUAAAUAUUUGGUCCAUGAGCAGGAAUGGAAAAAAAAACCUAAAACAUAUAGAUGUGUUUUGGUGCUUGAAAUCAGAACUUUUGGAAAGCUGACGAGGGAAGUUUAAGAUGUGCUGAAUUUAUACCUCAUCCCUAUCCUUAAACUAUGCUUUCGUCAAGCUCAUUGUUUGUUUUGAUUAUGUGAUUUGUGAUGAGCUGUCAAAUUAAGUGAAAGUGAGUGUAUAUGCUGCUUUGUUUAUAGUGAUAUAAUUAAUCAGAGGUUAAAGAUAUUAAAAAAAGGUACUUUUUUUUCAAAAAAGGUUGAAUGAUAAGUAUAAGGGUUGACAUCAUUUCUAUGGCUUCAAAAAUAAAGGUAUUGUACUAUUUCCUUUAUUUUAUACCUUUCAAUCUGCCUCGUGAGAAGGGCAGACAGGCGUUUAAAGUGGUUCAGUGCAGCUUCUAUCACUUUCAGUGUUUUUGUCACCAAUGCUAUGCAACAUACAUUCUGAUUUCAGAAUGGAAGCCGAAAGCGCAAUGUGCUCAAUUUGUCCCCCGAGCAGAAUUUCAGCACUGCCGAGUCGUUCAGCGUGGAACAAGAUUUGUGAAGACUUUGUUUGGAUUGUAAACGACUGAACCUGUUUGUGUUGUGAAAAGCCUGCUCUUUAGCGAGUGGUGCGGAUGUUCUUGAAGCAUUUGACCAGUCUGUCUAUUACUCAUAAACUCAAUGAAUGUUUAGCCUUCUUUGCUAUGUACAUUUUCUAUGUGUAACAUAACUGUAAAUAGUUGGUUACAGUUUUGAUGACUUUUUUCUAGACAAUUUGUUACAGUACUUGAAAAAGAGUAUUUUGUGUACAGUCUCUUUACAUCAGAGCAGAUUGAUGCCGUUUGUCAUCACUGGUCUGUCCAGGGCUCGGAGAUUUAAAUCUGAUAUCACUGUACUAGUCUUAAGUUAUUGUGAUUCAAUAAAAAUAAUGAUUAUUUAUGA